CUUAAAAAUAAAAAUAUAACAUCUACAGCAGUGACGACUCGUGACCAACGAGAAUUAUUGUAUAUACUCUUUGUCGUGACCCUAGAUAAAUGAUAAAUGAUACUGGUCGUGACAUUGUAUCAUUGUAAAUAGGUGAGGCCCGUGGAUUUUUACUAGGUCAAUCAAAACGAGGUUUUAUCGAGAAAAAAUCUGAAGGGCUUGGAUGCUUCCGGUGUACCUCCAACGUCCAACGAAACAAACGCUUCUUCAAGUAAGAAUAACUAUAUACAUAAGCAACAUUUGGUGUAACGCCUGUUUGCGAUCACCAACUGAAUGGUAUCCGGAAGAUUGCGGUUGGACCAUAAUAGAUAAUAAAUUCGCGCAUUACUGGUUUGAUGGCCCGGAAAGCCCUUCAAUUGGAGGAUUAUCCUUUAAUUCCGAUGUAUUUAAUGCAAAUUCUGGGGAAUCUGAUGAGAGCGAAGAAAGCUCAAUGAGCGAGAGCUACGACAGCACUGCCGACGAAGAAGACGUCUAA